UAGCUCCAGCAUGCUGACUGGCAGUGACAAGAUCGAAAAAGCCAUUGAUCUGGCCAAGUUCCACAUCAUGAUUGCAGUUAGAGAGGAGAUGCAGUUGCUCAAGGAACAAAUCCGGUACCUGGAGGAGGGCAAUGCCAUGCUUGAGCAGGAGAACCACCUGCUUCGAGGCCUGGCCAGCCCUGAGCAGCUGGCCCAUUGCCCUCCUCGGGGCUCCCCAGACUUGAGUUCCCCCCACCCA